UCACCUUCGAUUACGACAUGAUCGCCACCUCAAAUUAAAGUGCAUCAUAGUAGUGCCAGUAUGGUGCCGGGCUUGAGCUUGUCUGGAGUACGGCCUGGGACAUUGCGCAAAAUCAUGAUUUGUAGGCGAGAUGCCGGUUUUCUGGUUUCCGCUCAACAGCCGCAAAACCUACUAAAAUCCAUACUCCUCAAAGCCGUUAAUGGAUGAUACUUGGAUCCAUGCGAUUUUGCUUUACUCAAACAAGGCCACUUUAAUUAUUCGUGACCGUGAAAGCCAUGAACGAUCCCGGUUUCGAUGAGGCUAUUGCCGAAACGGCUAAUGAUGCUGAAAAUCGGAAGCAAGAUGGCUCGUCAUUGCGCAGUUUCGACAGGCACGAUCCAGAUACAAGUCUUCAUUGGGUAUCAGCAGACAGAGAGCUUUCUCACUACCUACAGCCUGCACGAUGGUGGUACGCAAGCACCGAGAUCCCGCUCAUAGCAGCAACAUUUGGGCCCAUGGCGAAUGCAUUCAGUGUUUGUUCUCUGUCUCAGCACUGGCGAGAAAUUGUUAAACCAGGAGGUCCGCCGAUAGAUCAAGCAGAGACACUACCCGAUCCUCCAACAAUCAUUGCCCUUAAUGCAGUGUCUCUCGUGGCGGCUCUGAUUGCAAAUUUUUGUUUGCUUAUGACGAUGACGCAGAGAAUGAGCUUUAGCAUUGCACAGCCUAUUGUUAUUGUUGGCUGGUAUAUAUCCUCCAUUUUAUUGACGAUUAUUUUAAUUAUUGCUGCUCGUGACGUGGCUUCUCAAAGUCAAACCGCACCCGGCCUUCAGAUGACUGAAGGGUAUUAUUACGGAGCAAUCGCUGCUGGUCUCUACUUUUUACUUUCAACAUUCCUCCUCUUCACGGUAUAUGGAGCUUUCAAGGGUCACUACAGCAAACAGUUCCAUCUUACCAAGAGCCAGAGAACCUUAAUGAUCCAAACCACUGCGUUUUUCGUAUAUCUACUAGCGGGCUCGGCGGUAUACUCGAAAAUCGAAGGAUGGCGCUUCACCGACGCCGUAUGGUGGUCUGACUUUACCAUUUUAACUAUUGGUAUUGGAUACCCGGCCCCAAAAACGCACUUAGGACGUGGCCUGCUCUUCCCCUAUGCUUUCGGUGGAAUUCUCAUAGUCGGUAUCGUCAUUAGUUCAAUCCGUUCGUUGGUCAUGGAACGUGGGAAGACAAAAAUGAGCAGGCGCUUGAUUGAGAAAUCCCGCCAAGUCGGUGUGAAGAAGCUAGCCGCCAAAUACGGUAAUUUCAAUAGCCAGUCAGCUAAAGGUGGUUUCGCCAGAUUCUUCUUCAAGAAAAGUGUCCCAGAUGACCAAAGGCAAGAGAAACCAGACGAAAUGGAGCUUCGCAGACGGGAAUUCUUCGCUAUGCGCCAUGUAAGAGAAAUUGCAAAUCUGCAACAUCGCUGGUUAUCACUCCUGUCCUCCACUAUUGCUGUCGCUCUUCUGUGGUGUAUUGGAGCUUUAAUCUUUGAACAUGCCGAGGCCUAUCAGGAGUGGACCUAUUUCGAUGGCAUGUAUUAUGCCUACACUAGUCUGCUCACCAUAGGUUAUGGUGAUAUAUACAACAUAACCAAUUGGGGCCGAGUGUUCUUCGUCUUUUGGUCCUUGCUUGCCGUGCCUACCAUGACGAUCUUUAUUUCUAACAUGGGCAAUACUGUGAUACGGGCAUUCCGAGACUUCGUCGACUAUCUUGGUGAACUGACUAUCCUUCCCGGAGAAAUGGGGUAUAGAGCACGCAUAAAACAAGUCUAUGAAAGAGCAAAAGCCAUAUUGCUUCUCUCUGAUGAAAAGGGACCAGAAAGGACCUCAAAAGAGAAACCCUCUGAUGAGAACGGCGAGCAGAAUCAAUCAAUAUCUCGUGCAGAAGAAGCCCUAGAAGAGGAGCAGCUCAGAGAAGAACAAGAAGCACGGGAACAUGGCGAUGUGCUUGCCGAAAACAUUCACCAUCAUCAGUUCCUACUCAUCAAGGAGCUGCGCCAGAUGUUCAAAUACAUCAAUAUGACCCCACCCAAAGAAUUUGAGUAUGAAGAGUGGGUGUAUUUUCUCAAACUUCUUGGUGAAGAGGAAGCUCAUGAUAAAUCUCAUCGUAAACCUUACAUUGACGCUUCUGAGGGCGGCAAAGAGGAAGACCGAGGGAAGUGGAGCUGGAUUGGACAUCGCAGUCCGCUUUUGGGUGACAAGCAGGAGGCCGAAUGGCUGCUCGAGGCACUGGCGGAUAAGUUAGAGAGAGGACUAAGACAACUCAGUGAUGAGUACCGGAGACGAAACAGUGAAAGAUGUGAAGACGCAAAUGAUAAUGUAGAGGACCGAUGAUCCCCAAGUAUAUAUUUCUGAAACCGCAUAAAGUUCAUACUUCAGAUGGUCGCGGUGUCACCUCUGCAACCUGUCACCAUGUAUUAGUUUUAGUCACGUCGAUUGACUCAUAUGUCAGCGUCUUUGUUAGCUUCAUGAUUCUUUUGAUUUAUACAUGUGUCUUUCUAACUCUUCCCACCA